AUGGGUGGUGUGCUGUCGAUCGUCUUCUCUGGUGGUGGCAGUGGCUCCGGACUCAUUGCGACCGACGGCCGCGGCACUAGUGAUACUAAACCAAGGCUUUACAAAGAUGCACAGGUUCAAACGGCAGCAGACGAAGACCAUCCUCCGCUUGCGUUUGUCGGACGAAGGGCUCCUGUGAACCGGUUGCCGUUCGAGCUCUUGACCCAGAUAUUCCUAUUGUAUGCGCCCUACACCGCCGUCGACCCGUCGGAGAAGCACCCUGGGUGUCUGGCAGUGGCAGUACACAUCAAACACUGGGCUCUGAUCAGCCAUGUCUGUAAGUACUGGCGGUCUAUCGCGCUCGACUUCCCCCUUGCUUGGAGCCAGCUGGUGAUCACCCGAAACGCGGACUGGGCCACGGAGCUACUCACGCGGUCGAAGGACGUCCCUCUGGACAUCUUGGUUCUGCCUCAGGAUUCGUCAUCCACACAAUCGCCUGCCUGUCAACUGGUCCGCAAGGAACUUCAUCGCACACGAACCCUGCACUUCGAGCGGUGCGCCUGGGCCACCCGUCGUAGGUUCAACUCGCUCUGCACAGUCGCCCCGCUCCUCGAAUGCCUGUACAUCACAAGCGACUCGGUGACCAAGUCUCGGGAAGAAUACAUGAAUGAGCUCCUCGACGACGUGUCCACACUCAGCAAGUCUGUGCCUAGCGUAGGGCCUCGUGCCGGUCUCCGACGUCUCGAGGUUCACGGCUGUGACAAGGGGCCGAUGCAUCUUGGGCGUAGUGCGUCUACCCUCAGGCACCUCUCAGUUUCUGGCGGCGGUCUCCUGCUUUCAAUACACCUGGGUGUCUUGUGGUCGGCAUCCAACCGGGGCGACCUUCCACUCGAGACACUGGACCUGGAGGUUAAGCUGAAUCAGACGGACUCAUCCAACUUCGAGGCACCAAUGCACACCCCGUCUUACUUGCCGCAUCUCAGGGAACUUCGCGUCAAAGCUAAAUACCGCGACUGCGCCACCUUGCUGAACUUUCUGGAUCUGGCAGACCUGACAAAGCUCACUGUGGAGGCGAUCACCAGCCGCCGGCUAGGGAGCGAAGAGGCAUUCGCCGCGGCGCUCUACCCCAAGCUCGCUGCGCUCGGUCCGCUCUCUGCCCUCCGCCUCUAUCGAGACGUCUCCAGAGACCCCCUCGCGAUCUGCGUCGAAGGCCUGGACGAGUCCUCCACUACAAAAUUCACGCUCGUCCUCUCACAGGACCUCGCGCUCGUCCGCGCGGCAGAUGGACUCCUCGCGGUCCUCGCUCGCUGUCGCGCCGCGUUCAAGAGCGUCCGGCGACUCUACUUCAAGGACAUCAUGCUCCCUUUCCCGGCGUGGAUCCGAGUCUUCUCGUUCUUCCGCAACGUAGAGGGGCUAGACAUCUCCGGCAAGUCCACCAUCAUCGCGCUGACCAUGCACCCGAACGAGCGAGACAGGGAGCACCCGGAGGUGCUCGUCUUUCCCGCCUGCGACGCUCGUGGUGCGCGAGACGCCCUCGACACGACCACCGCUCACGCUUGCACGGACUCGAGACCUGCCGGAGCCACCGAGCCUUUUGGAGUGCUUGUCGGAGUACCUGUGGAGAGGACUGCGUGGGCGCGGGGUGACGGAGCUGUACCUGUGGUCUGCCCGAAGGAAAAUCGAAACCCGAGGGAUAUGGCUCUUCUGCGUCGUUCGGUGCCGAUGGUAGCCUGGGACGAGGACGACCAGGCCGAGGGGAACUGGCGCGGAUCUGCAGCGGAGACUCGGACUGGGUGGGAUCCGCUUGGGGUCCUCCCGCAAGAACAACAGGUGUUCGGACUGAAUCAUUUGUCUAUUAAAACGUCCUGUUCAUUGUAA